UGCACAGGCUGUUGAACGUGCCAAGCAAGUGACAAUGACGGAGUUGAAUGCUAUCAUCGGGGUACGUGGACUUCCCAAUCUGCCUCUCACCGUGUGUAUACCCCUUUUAUUCCUAUCAUUUACCAUAACCAGAGGCAACCCUGCGCUCGGGCGGCGUCAGGGAGGGGCAGCACCCCGAAUCCGACCGUCCCCCAAUCCCUGAUCUGGCACUGAGCGAUGCUGUGGCUCCGCUCCCCAAUUAUCCCCAGCACUGGUGCAGCACAGGGAGCCCCCAGCACCAAACACCCACAUCCCCAGGCUGGGAACUGUGCCGGGUUCCCACUCCCCGCAGCCCCCCAGCCCGGGUUUGCCUCUGCUGUACUGUUGAUGUGAAAUGUGGUGCACGCGUGGCAGAGCUGUUCCAUGCAUUGACCUUUACCCACUUGAGCGUUACGUGGAUCUCGAGGGGUUUUCAGACUAAUCUGUUUGCAUAUCUCUGUGAGUGGUGUAACGGUGUCCUCGGCCGUGCAGCAAGCCACCCAUGCUGGAUCUGCUCACUGUGGAUAGCAGAUCCCUGAUGGGCAUCCCGCCUUGGGAGCUCUUUGGCAUUGGGUGUCUGUUUUCAAAAUCACUGAUUAUUCAUUUGUUUUUUGCAGCAGUGAUUUGCACUUCUUUUCUCCCUGUACAAGGAGGCUUCUUCACCUGUUAGCAUUUAACCUGUGCUUUUGGGUGCCUGUGGAGGGAGAACCUGGCUCCUUGCUGCUGCGAUGGGAGCGCAGCUCUGUGCACCCUGCAGAACCCGGGGCUCUGUAGGCAUCAUUCCAUUUUAAUGGGUGCUCUGAGUGGCUGUGGGUGGGAGGCUCUGCUUUGGUUCACUGCUCGAAGCCGUAGCAUGGAGUCAAGGCAGCUAGAGGCAGAUAUUGGAAUUCAAUUAAGGUAAAUGAGCGGGGCUCGCGACCCCCAUUUUCAAGGUAAUUGCUUCCUUGGAUCAGCGCUAACACGAGUGUCACCCCGUUGUUAAGCAGCCAGCCAUGUAAUCGUUUUGCCUGACAGAGCUGCACGAGGCAGGAAUUGGGGGCAGCGAGGAAGAGAGCGUUGCAGCUGAGCUGGGCCCUGUGUGCCCAGAGCAUCCCCCAGCAACGGGCAUCCCAUGGUGGGACUGGGCAUGGCGAUGGGCAUGGUGAUGGGCAUCCCAUCCCACACAGUCGGGUUCCGUUGGUGUAAUCGUGAUCCUAGUGAUGUGAAUGUCCAGGCAGGGCUAUGGGGAGCCCAGUGCUGGGGGUGCUGCAGGUGUACAGCCAGUCUGCCCCAGUGCCCUGCUGCAGGUGCCAAAAACCAAAUUGACGCAUGCAAAAAAAAGAAAAUGCAUCAAAUCGUUCAAACCUUUUUUUCGCCCCUUUCGAGGUCAAGAACUGUUAAUUUUAUGCAUCUAGGCCAUUGUCUCACAGUUCCUCUGCUUCAGGCUUCUGUGAAAUUGAGCCCUUGAUUUGGUUAUAGCUCUGGAAAUGAUUAGACUACUUUACUAAAUUUAACGCAAGUGGUGAACUUAAGUGGUGAACCAUUAAAUCGGUUAACAAAGGCAUGAAGCAUGAUGUACAUAAUCCAAUUAAAAACACUCUACGUAUGAGAUACUCCUUGCCAGCCUUUCUCAUCAACCGUAACCUCUUCGUAUCUUACCCAUAUUUGCCUGGUGCACGCCGAGAGACCCCAGGAGGGAAGCGCGAACGUCUCCGCGCCGUGCAUCCAUCGCGGCUCCUGGUGUGGGCUGGGAUCUGAUCCUCAGAUGCUCUGGGAGCAGAAUUUGGCCGCCUGCCUGCGCUGGGUUUGCAGCACCGUUGCAGCAAGGUGCUGCAGGGUGGUGUCUCAGGAUUUAAAGGCGGCGUUGAGCGCUGGCUGCAGGUGGGAUGUCCAAGCACAGAGCGCUGGUCUGCGUCUGCCCUUGAUGUUGGGGCAGUGCUGGAAGAAGCAGCUUCGACCUGGAAGCAGCAGGACUGCUAUCGCCCUGCAUCCCUGCGACUCCUGUGGUGCUUUGUCAAGCAGAGCUGGGGCUUGCAGCCCUCCACCCCUGGCACCAGGCACCCCAGUGCAGUGUAGCUCCAGCUAUGGGGCUGCAGCCUUGGGGAUGGUUUUUUUGGUGAUGGAGCUCCUGCAGCUGUGCCCAGGGUGCUGUUGGGAAAUCCCCGUUGAUGUGGGGUUUGAAAACCACCUUUUCUGGGGAUGAAGGGAAGCUGGAGAAGGGUGGCACUUCUCAACUGAGGAGCAUCGCCGAGGUCUGCUGCAUCCCACUGCUCUGCUGUGCAGGAUUUCCUCGUUCUGCAUCCUCCAGGAGGGAUCUGAGCCGCCAGCUCCGUGCUGCUCCUGCCUCUGCAGGGGAGGAAAAUGCCCUAUCUGUGUUCUUUGGAUCCAUCACAGGACGUCGUGCCUUGGUGCUCAUUUCCACACCUCUGCUGAUCCCAGGCAGCUCAGCGAACCGCAGGAUGGAUGUGUUUGCCACUAGCUUAAUUAAAAAGGGAGAACCGGUGUUUUUCUGCUUCAUUGGAGGGAAAGACUCAAAGGGCUGAGCCAUCCUUGUUGUGCCCCACCUGAGUUUGGCUGUAGCAGGGCUGUGAGCCUUGAUGCUGCAUGGAAUCUGCCUGCUGUCCCAUUGGGAUGCUGCUGCUGCUCCCUGGAUUUGGUCACCCUGUCCCUGCUUGUGCCCACCUAGGAGGAAGUGUUGGAUCUCAGUGCUGGAAAGCCACCAGGGCUGCUCUCCAAGGGAAUGCACAAGUACUGUGGCCUCAGCCUUGCUGAAAUGGGUGGAAAGACCAUGAGGUUGGGAUUGGAGAAAGCCCUGUUCCUCCUGCCCUGAGAAGGGGAGGAUUGAUCCUGGGAUGUUGGCACAAUCUGGCAGUGCUGGGAGCACUGGGGAUGGCUCUGGGCAUUGGGUCCUGAGGAUGCUCCCCCCUCUGCACCAUGGAUGGAGCAGCGCCAUGCAGCAGAAGCCAAAAAAAUAAAAAGCUGCGUUGGAGAGGACCAAGCAGCUUAUGCUUUUUCUCUACCAGCACUGUGGAUGUCUAAUUGCCUUCUGGAUCUGGCUUCUGCCACAGCUGAGACCUUUGCACUGCCUGGAAGGAGCUGUGUUUGCGGAUCAUGCAUCUCCUUCUCCCCCUGGAACUGCAACUGCUUGCUCCUGUCUGACUCCAGGUCACAUCCUGGGUGGAUCUCCCCAGUGCCUCCCACGAGGGUGCAGGAGCAGCAGCAGCUCCAGGCGCAGCACCUCUCCCACGCCGCCCAUGGGCCUCCGGUCCAGCUGCCGCCGCAUCCCUCUGGCCUGCAGCCCCCCGGCAUCCCACCCGUCACCGGCAGCAGUUCGGGGCUGCUGGCGCUCGGCGCGUUGGGCAGCCAGGCACACCUGGCCGUCAAGGAUGAGAAGAACCACCACGACUUGGACCACAGAGAGCGGGACUCGAGCGCGAAUAACUCAGUUUCACCCUCGGAAAGUCUGAGAGCCAGCGAGAAGCACCGGAGCUCCACAGACUACAGCAUCGACUCCAAAAAGAGGAAAGCAGAGGAGAAGGACAGCAUGAGCCGAUAUGACAGCGAUGGUGACAAAAGCGAUGACCUCGUCGUUGAUGUCUCCAAUGAGGACCCUGCCACCCCCCGGGUCAGCCCGGCCCACUCCCCGCCUGAGAACGGCCUGGACAAAGCUCGUGGGCUGAAGAAGGGGGAUGCACCCAACAGCCCGGCCUCGGUCGCCUCCUCCAGCAGCACUCCUUCCUCCAAGACUAAAGACUUAGGCCACAACGACAAAUCGUCAACGCCUGGACUCAAGUCCAACACUCCCACACCGAGGAAUGAUGCCCCGACCCCAGGGACAAGCAGCACCCCAGGGCUGAGGCCGAUGCCCGGCAAGCCAAGUGGCAUGGACCCUCUGGCCUCAGCCCUGCGGACACCCAUCUCCAUCGCGGGUUCCUACGCAGCCCCGUUUGCCAUGAUGGGGCACCACGAGAUGAAUGGCUCUCUGACCAGCCCUGGUGCCUAUGCUGGCCUGCACAACAUCCCCCCGCAGAUGAGUGCUGCAGCCGCCGCCGCUGCUGCCUAUGGCCGGUCGCCAAUGGUGAGCUUUGGAGCUGUUGGCUUCGACCCACACCCGCCCAUGCGGGCCCCUGGCCUGCCCACCAGCCUGGCGUCCAUCCCCGGAGGGAAGCCAGCUUACUCGUUUCACGUCAGCGCUGAUGGGCAGAUGCAGCCAGUCCCCUUUCCCCACGACGCCCUGGCUGGCCCCGGCAUCCCCCGGCACGCACGGCAGAUCAACACGCUGAGCCACGGCGAGGUGGUUUGUGCUGUCACCAUCAGCAACCCCACCCGGCACGUGUACACAGGUGGCAAGGGCUGCGUGAAGAUCUGGGACAUCAGCCAGCCGGGCAGCAAGAGCCCCAUCUCUCAGCUGGACUGCCUGAACAGGGAUAACUACAUCCGCUCCUGCAAGCUGCUUCCCGACGGCCGCACGCUGAUCGUUGGGGGGGAGGCCAGCACGCUCACCAUCUGGGACCUGGCCUCCCCCACACCCCGCAUCAAGGCUGAGCUCACCUCCUCGGCGCCCGCCUGCUACGCGUUGGCCAUCAGCCCCGACGCCAAAGUCUGCUUCUCCUGCUGCAGCGACGGCAACAUCGCCGUGUGGGACCUGCACAACCAGACCCUGGUCAGGCAAUUCCAAGGCCACACAGACGGUGCCAGCUGCAUAGACAUCUCACACGAUGGUACGAAGCUGUGGACAGGGGGACUGGACAACACCGUGCGCUCCUGGGACCUGCGGGAAGGGCGGCAGCUGCAGCAGCACGACUUCACCUCCCAGAUCUUUUCGCUGGGGUACUGCCCCACGGGCGAGUGGCUGGCAGUGGGCAUGGAGAGCAGCAACGUGGAAGUGCUGCACCACACCAAGCCUGACAAGUACCAGCUGCACCUGCACGAGAGCUGCGUCCUCUCCCUCAAGUUCGCCUAUUGUGGCAAAUGGUUUGUGAGCACGGGGAAGGACAACCUGCUCAACGCAUGGAGGACGCCCUAUGGGGCAAGCAUCUUCCAGUCCAAGGAAUCCUCGUCGGUCUUAAGCUGCGACAUUUCAGCAGAUGACAAAUACAUCGUCACGGGCUCUGGGGACAAGAAGGCCACAGUCUACGAGGUCAUCUACUAAGGGGACGCAGUGGCGGUGCCGCAGGCUCGGCGCUGGAGCAGCGCUCGGGGCAGCACUGGGAUGGGAUCGCUGGCUGGAGCUGCACCUCUGUUUGCCCGCCCGGCACCCACACGGAUUUAUUUGGAGGUCUGCAAACAUGGCACACACGUCGAAGCCCUGAACGAAUUUUUGGUUUGGUUUUAGGGUUUUGGGCUAUUUUUUUUUUUUUUUUUUUUCCAUUUUUUUGAUCUUUUUAUUUUUCGGUUUCCUGGUUCUUUCCAUCUGCGCUUUGGUGGCACUAUAAAGGACUUAUUUUUUAACGUGACAUUUUUUUUUUGUUUGUUUUUCUUUUGGUGCAUCCCGCAUUAAGACUUGUGAAAAUUGUAAAUACUGGACUAGUACAUAGCAUGGGAAGGGUGGGGGACCCUCCCAGUACACUAGGUGUGUAUUUUCGUCUGCUGUAAUUGUAUUCCACUGAUGGUUUUGGUGGUGGCAAUUUUUAUUAUUAUUAUUAUUUUUUUUUUUCUCCCCAUCCUUCCCCCCUUCCUUUCCUCCUCCUCCCCAUUGCAUCCAUUUGGGAUGCGACCCGGACGUGCAGCGCGUAACCGGACUGAGCAAAGUGUCCUCUGGUGAAGUCGUUCCUCCUGUGGUCCCCGUGCGUUGUUCGGUGUUGUGUGUGCGGACGCUGUCGGGGCUGUGCUCAGCUCGGCCGGAUCCCCGGCUGCUGCCGGACGUCGGCGACACAAUCACGUUUUUAUAUGGAUUUUUCUUUUAUUUUUUUUCCUUUUUUUUUUUUUGUGCUCGUAUGUUUGAAGAAAAAGGGGAAGCCCACGAUCCGGGAAUCAUCCGCUCGAGCCCUUCUUGGUCUUCGGACAUAAAGCAACGAGGAGUGAUUUCAAAGAAAGCAUAGUUAAAAUUCAGCUCAGGGAGCCACGAAAGAUAAUAGCAACUUAAUGUGUUUUGUAUUCAAAUGAAAGUAAAGAAUUAGAAUUGAUAACCUUUAAAAUACAGUUUUUUUAAAGCAAAGUUGACUAACAAGUAGGGUUUGUGUGUGGUGGGGGGAAAAGGGGCUUGGGCAGGGUCCUGUGGCUGUAUGGGCUCGUGUCUGCUGGUCUGGAGGUCCCCAAGAAGCAACACCCAUCCCUGCACAGGCCUGCGUUGCAGCAUUUUGUACUAAAGGGUUUAAAAAAGAACAAGAAAACGGGAAAUAAAAGUAUUUGUGUAGCA